UUUGACAUUUCAACUGUUUAGCUACAUCUCUCCCAGUUAACAAGCUUAUUUAGUCAAAAAUACAAACUGAAUUUAUUCUUACAAAAAAUGUUACAAUACCUUGUGGUUUUUGUCCUUUUUCUAAACAGCAAUAUCGCCAAUGGAAACCUGUGCGUCACCAAUGUGGUCGUGCGAAUGCCCCACGAGAAGGACAUUGGUCUGAUCUUCGAUCUGACCGUCAUCAAUAGCGUAAAGAAUGAGAGAAGGGAAACGUUAGACUUUAUGGUCAGCUCGGACGGAGAAUGCACUGUGAACACCACGAAGGGGGAGCUUAUCCCGUGUAUGGGUCGCAUCUUUGGCGGCAACUUUGGGGCCAUCGAGCCUGGCAAGUCCGAAAGCGUGUCCCUGGUGUGGCCCACUGUGUCCCUGUUUAACCGUGUGGGCAGUUGCCCCAUCCAGCUCACUGCCACGAGUGCCCAGGAUACUAUAGCCUCAACGAAGCAGCUGCUCCACUUCGACACUCGCUUUGAGACCCUCGAUCCAAGCGGACACACGCUGCGUAAGCGAAAGGAUUUCAUGGACUGCCGGAACUGGGACAAGGACUACUUUCACAACUGCACGCCGCUGAACUGCGAGGAGCGGUACUUUGGCCAGCGAAACUUCUACAACCAGGCCACGGAGCAGUGCGAGCGGGUGCACUCCAGCUCGCGACCUGGCGAGUUCUACGACAUCUACAGCAACGAGGCAAUCGAUCGAAAUAACUUUGUGACGGAGAAGGAGCUCGAGGAGAUCAAGCAAGGCAAGUUUGAUUCGAAUUAUCUGGAUCUGCAAGGACCUCCUAUGGAGGAGCAACUGCAUCCCAAAACAAUGACUAGCCACCGCAGGGAAAAGAGCAAUCAACUAGCCGCCCCAUCACCCCACUUAACCCGUCUCACACCUUCGAAGAGUUGCGACAAAACCCAUAUAGUUACUAUGGCUGAUUUCAAGUUUUGCUUUCAGAGCUUAAUGGAUGAACAAAAAGAAAAUGUCAUGGAGAAGAAGCUCCGAAAAAAGUCCCCACUCGAAAUAUCCAUGUUGACCCAGCUCUACUACGAUUGGUAUCUGCCCUUGAGGACCGAGAACCUUGACGGAUUCAGUGAAAUCGAAGGUGGGGCCACUACUAAUCCGGAAGGUGUCGCCUCUUCAUCGGAGCCCCUGGUUAACUGGCCAAGCAAGCUCGACAGCAGCGGCUUGCUAAUGCUGAUCCUGAAGGGGAUCGCCAUUAUCUUAUCGCUAAUUAUGUUUCAGAUUCUCGUGACUCUGACGGGCUAUUUUGUGGUGUGCCUCUCCGUCUACGGAUUCAUCGAGUUGUACAGCUUGUGGAAGACCAAGGAUCAAGCGGAGUCCUUGUUUGGGGGUGACUCAAUCUCGCACAGUAGCCAGACAGAGGUUUUUACCACCGAGAGUCUGAUGUCCCACCGAUAAGUGGAUUUUUUUUAAACAUAAAUUUAGUUAAUUGUUGUUGUUUAAUUUUAUUU